AUGGAGCUGACUUUCCUAGAGGAAUUAGCUGAUGGAGCUUCUUCGCUCAACGUGUCGGGUCUCACAAGUAGCCAGAGCCAGAGUCCUGCGUCUCAGAUUUCAAGGCGGGAUGCAGCAGUCCGAGAUAGAUCUGCAUCUCCGAGAGGUGAGCGACCAAGUGCCUCCUCGCUCCAGAAUCUGGUGGAACAAGGGGCCGAAUUGUUUAUCGCCCCCGAUGUAGGUCCAGCUGCAGAGGACGAUGAGGAGUCUCGUCGUUUUGCGUGUGAUUCACACCCUGUCGCCACUCUCAUGGAACAGAACGAGUCAAGGUUGAAAGAGGGCCGAUCUCAGAAAGGAGAUGUAGGUGCAUGGUUGGACGCCGAGGAGGACUCCAUUGAUCAGGAUGAAACCCCUGGCUCCUCUUCACAAACAGCACUAGUGACCCAUAUUCAUCCCGACUGGCUGCCCCCAAAAGACUGCCAGGAGGCUUUGGUAGACAUAUAUUUUCGUCGCAUACACCCAUUAUUGCCUCUUUUUGAUGAAGAAAAAGUUCGAGCUCAGCACAGAGCGGGUAGUCUUCCUCCACGGCUUGUGCAAGUGAUAUGUCUUGUUGCAGCGAAGGACCGUGGUGCUGUGCCUUUCCUAUGUCUUGGCCCCAAUUCAAACCCCAUUCCACUGGAGAAAUUCAGCAACAUCCUCUACGCUGAUGCCAUGCAAAACAUCUCGAGAAGGGCAGAGAAAAAAGUACUUGCAAUACAGAUCUUGGCACUUCUGUCACUGCACGAAUGGGGCUCUACUGGAUCCGAAGAUUGUUCUUUGAAUCUAGCUCAAGCUAUUCACCAUGCCCAGACCAUGGGGUUGCAUUUGCUGAGACCAGACCAAAACUCUAGUACAUCGUCCAAGGGUCUUUUCUGGUGCCUGUGGAGUCUAGACCGAUGGAACGCUGCUAUGAAUGGGAGGCCUCUAAUGAUACACGACGGAGACAUGAGCCAGGGGGUGGACGAGGUUAUUUCAACGUUCCAAUCUUCGUUUAUUGUCUGGCUUCGAAUUGCGGAUAAGCUCGGAGAAGUGAUUCGCUUCUACCGACCGAUCAUGAAAGGCGUUGAUCAGAGUGAGCUCGAUCUUCCCUCGUUUGAAGAUAUUGUGGAGCGCUGUGAGGCAUGGGACAUGUCUCCAGACCUGCUUGGUACGAAAUUUUCCGUCAUAUAG